AUGCUGGAUUAUGCAGUCAGCUUGUUUGAGCAGCUGCAUCCUGACGAGGAGAUCCCCGAAGGUAGUCUCGGGAAACGAGAGAAGGCUGUAUCAACAAAUGAACGCCUACAGCUGGAGGCUCAAGCUGUCCUUGAUGUGAUCGAGAACCCAGAUGUUGCACAAGCACUGCGUCAAGAUAAAAAUCAGAAUUUGCAGUACCUCAAAGAUAACUACAACCUCACCCUUGAACAAAUCACUGUUUUAUACAACUUUGGGCAGUUCCAAUAUACCUACGGCAACUACAGUGGUGCUGCAGACUAUCUGUAUCACUUCCGUGUACUUUCAACUGAUAACGAUCUCAACACUUCCGCGCACUGGGGUAAACUCGCUUCCGACAUCCUCACUGGAAAAUGGGAGACGGCUCUCGAAGAGUUGAACACCCUACGCGAUGUGGUUGACUCGCGCUCACCUUCAACACUCUUGACGGCAUCUGCCGAGCCCGCAGCCCUCACGCAACUCCACUCGCGGACAUGGCUCGUUCACUGGUCUCUCUUUGUCUACUUCAAUCACCCCCAGGGUCGAACACUCCUCCUCGAGACUUUCCUCUCGCCCACUUACCUUAACACUAUCCAAACCUCUUGUCCCUGGAUCCUUCGAUACAUAGCCACUGCUGCCAUCCUCUCUCGCAAGUCAGCCGCAGGUGGGAGUGCUGCUUCCUCGCGUGUACGGCACUCGAUACGCGAGAUCGUCAAAGUCAUCCAGACGGAGGAGUACCAAUAUCAGGAUCCCGUUACAUCUUUCCUGAAAGAGCUUUAUGUCGAGUUUGACUUUGAGGCCGCACAGCGUGAGCUAACGCUUGCCGACCGCGUGUUCAGAGAGGAGUUCCUCGACAACGCACGCUACCUGAUUAGCGAAGCAUAUUGCCGUAUACACCAACGUAUCGAUAUUGGCGACCUUUCGGAACGUCUUAAUCUAUCACGAGAUGAAGGCGAGAAAUGGAUCGUCAACCUCAUCCGUGAAACCCGUAUGGGCGCCGAAGCGAAGAUCGACCUAGAAAAGAACGUCAUCGAGAUCCACCGUUCACCAUUACCAGUAUAUCAAUCAGUCAUUGAGAAGACGCGUGGUUUGGCGUUCCGGACGCAGGCUUUGGGAACUGGUAUGCUUCACAGCCCGCAGCAGCCACAACAGAGCCAGCCACAGCCCAGUGUUGUUGAGGGAGCUCUGUGA